AUGCACAGUUUUUAAUGGGUGGUUAUCAGCCACAAUUUUAAUUGCUGCAAGAAACAAGAUUUCAAACAGAGUGAUUAGAGAUACUGGAUUCACAGCAGGACUCCAAAAAUCUCAUGGUUUUAAUGUUCUGCUUUGUAAACAAAGACAUAAUCAACACUGGUUACUGCUGUGCUGGCAGUCUGGAUUUAAAUACCCUUUAUUUAAGGACUCAAAUGAGUCCUUAAAAAAAUUACUGGAAAAUUCCAGCUGUGUUCUGGUUAGAUAAUCCAAAAAAAGGGAAAAAAAGUGACAGUGAUGUAAUCUCAUGAUGUACUAGUAUUUCUUUGAAGGAAAAAAACUCACUCAUUCUGUUGCAGCAAUAAUCUUAACAUAAUGCUUCCCACUCAUUGUUUUUUUUAAUAGUUUAUACUUUGCAUGCUUUACCUCUUCCUUCUUUUAACCAUACUCCAGAGCAGGGAAUACAUCUGGGUGUUUUGUACGGCUCUGGUUCUUGGUUCACAGCUCUGAUUUCCCAUCAUUGCAGUCACAGUUUUGAGCCUAUGGUUGCCUCAAGACCGCAAAAUGUUUACAUCUUCCUGAUGGCUCCCUUAUAGAGAGGAUUUAAACCUCAGUCCCACCAUCCUUAUAAUAAAGACGUUAGGCACAGAACUAACCUACACUCCCUUCCUUCUUCCCCAUAUGAAGACACCCUUUAAGAAAAUGGUGAAAGAUAUUGCCUGAAUACAAGACAUGGAGUUGGGUGAAGGUGUGUUUACACAAGGUACCUAAAUUUGGAGGGGGAAAGGAAUUAAUUAUUUUAAUUUUUCAAAAGAAGCAGCCUGUCUGAGGUCACAGGUUUGAGUCAGUAGGCAGAGGGAGGAUGAGCCAUUUCCCAGAUUGGAUCCGAUGUGGCUGGAGCUGCCAUGGAGAAGUACAAGGAGAACAGCCAAACUUCAUACAAAAGUUUGGACAUAGAACUCUGCAAGAAGGAGAAGAUUUAAUCCUGCAUUGCACUAUACAUGGAAAGCCCAAACCACGUGUCUGCUGGACAAAGGAUGACAUCCAAGUGGUAUCUGGAGAUAUCAGUAUUGAGAAAUUAGGAGAUACCUAUUACCUUUUAAAAAGAAAUGUAGUCCUUGCUGAUACUGGGAAAUAUAUCUGUGUUGCCAGCAAUGAAGUUGGAAAGGCACACUGUUCUGCCUUUGUGACAGUGAUAGAGAAAAAUACACCUCCCAACACUUCCAGUGUAACUCAGGCUAAACCAGAGUGUGAAGAUGGAUACUUUUCGGAAGACGUGAGUGUCACCACAACGGAGCUGGUACAAGCCCAGGACUCACCAUGUAAGAGAGAAGAAAGGCCAGUGGCUAAAUGUACUCCUGUAAGGUUUAAAAAGAAACUCUGGUUUCAAGGAGUGCAUCUUGAACUUGAAAGGCCAUAAGAGAUUAACUUCAAUUUGAGACAUGGUCCCAUUCUUCUGCCUGAUGCAGUGGAACGGAAGAUGGACUGAACUGCAAGAUGCCUGAUUCCUGAGCAUGUUUGUGUUGUUUGCUGUGUCCAUUAGUAGGUAUUGGCCAUGGGUGAGGAGCAGAUGAAUUUUGGGUGCUAUCCAAUAUAUAUCUAGAUUCAAAUUUGUAUUUUGUUUCUUUACAAAUAAAUAAUUAUUAAAAUUCACCUGUGCACAGCAUUUAUUAGACAGUGAUUUCUGAUUUCUUUUGGGUUUGCUCUGGAUUGUUGGGCAA